GAGAUGCAGAGGGUCAACAGCAACAGCUGGACACUCGAGGCAGGCAAGACAGAGGGAUUUGCCAUCAACCUUCCUGGGAGUGAGAACAUUGUCCAUCCAGGACAAUGGAGGCCUUGCCCCCCAUUGGAGGCCUUCCCCGCCAGUCCACAGAACAAUCUGCUCAUUUUCCUGAAGGGGCAGCCCCAGGUCCUGGGGGUAGCCCAGAUCAUGAUUGGCCUGAUGGAAUUGUGCUUAUGGGUGACAUCAUUGGCUUCUUACACUGACUUUUCUUUCGGAAGACGUGACUUAUACUUGGUUGUCAUAACUGGCUAUCCUGUUUGGGGAUCCUUAUUUUUCUUCACAUCUGGAACAUUGUCCAUUGCUGCUGGAAGGAAAGUGACCAAGGGUCUGAUUCAAGGCAGCAUGGGAAUGAAUAUAAUCAGUGUCAUUAUAGCAGGGAUAGGGAUUUUUAUUCUGACUGUGACUGCAAUGGCUACCACUGAAGGAAAGAAUGAAUAUUGGCUUUCUGAAGAGCAUCUUGAUAUAAUUCCUCUUUGGCAAGGGAUGGUAACUGUGAUGCUGAUUCUCUGUGUGCUGGAAGCCUGCAUUGCUUUGUCUCUCUCCAUAUUGGGGUGCAAGGUGGCCUGCUUUGUCAACCAGGUGGUGGUUUACUUACCAUCUCAGGACAACGUGGCCUCGGUUGCUUCUCCUGAACACAUCUAUGAUGAUGUGAUCUUCCAAUAG